CUCUACUACUCUCUAAAACUCUUGUUUGGCGUUAAGAAAUGCUAUUUUAGUGUCGGAUGAAUUAGUGUCGGAUGAGUUAGUGAAGCAAAUUAGAGAGGUUUCUUUUGAGGCAGAGGAUAUCAUCGAAAGCACCAUCCUCUCCAUUGAGAUGCAAAAACGGAAGACAAUUUCUUGGAAAGUCGUCUGCAGCCCACUUUACGCAAAAGAACUCCAUAAAGUGGACAAUAAGGUUCAGGACAUCAAAGUGAUAGUUUCAGAGAUACAUGCUAACAAGGACAAGUAUAGCAUCAACGCUGGUGAGAGUUCUAAAGACUCUGACUUUGAGGACACCCUAAAAAGGCAGAGGGAGGAGGUUGAUAAAGAUCUCGUGGGGUUCAAUGACGUGAAAAUCAAAUUGUUGAACCUAUUGACUAAGGGGUCAAACAAAAGGGAGAUUAUAUCUAUAGUAGGGAUGGGAAGACGACAAUUGCCAAGAGUCUAUACAACAGCUCAACCGUCAACAUUUGUUUUAAGAAUCGUGCGUGGGUGACAGUGUCAAAAGAUUAUGAUACUCGUCAAGUUAUGCUCAUCAUCCUCAAGGAAAUGAUGAAGUGCAAAGCAAUCAACCUUGAGAGUCUUAAUGCACAAGAGUUGAAGAAGGCACUACAGAGCCACCUCCAAAAGAACAAAUACCUGAUCUUUUUGGACAAUGUGUGGCACUCAGAAAUGUGGGAUGAGAUCGAGGACUGCUUCCCUGACAAGAAAAAUGGCAGCAGGAUCCUCAUUACCACCCGCAAUACUCCAGUGGGUAGGAAAGCUAGUAAAUAUAGUCCAAGUGAUGCUCUUUGUAUUCUCCGACAUCUUGAAAUAACAGAAAGUUGGGACCUUUUUAAAAAAAAAAGGUGUUUGGAGAAGAAUCUUACCAUCCCAAGUACAAAAGCUUGGGUAUGAAAAUAGUUGAGAAGUGCAAGGGGUUACCCUUGGCCAUUUUGGUGAUAGCGAGAAUGUUAGCUGGUGAGAAGCGGUCAACAGCUAUAUGGAAUAGGACGCUCGCAGAUGUGAGUGUUCCCCUAGAAAAAAAUAAAGUAUGUUUUGCAAUAUUAGGUUUAAGUUACCGUUAUCUACCAUUAAACUUGACGCCUUGCUUUCUCUACUUUGCGGUUUUCCCUGAAGACAGUGACAUAUCUGUACGAAGUCUAAUUGCACUAUGGUUGGCAGAAGGGUUCAUAGAACCAAGUGGGAACCUACCUCCAGAACAAGUGGCUGAGAGUUACUUGGAUCAACUCAUUGAUCGAAAUUUAGUCCAAGCAGGGAAGAGAAGGACUAUUGAUGAUGGGUUAAAGACUUGUCGUAUUCAUGAUCUUGUACGAGAACUUUGCAUCGAUAAGGCCAUGCACGAGAACUUUAUGUCUAUACCUUCCAGGAAGGGCUCUACAUCUUUAAUCAACAACAUCAAGCCGCGAAGGCUAUCCAUCCAACAACAGGGAACUACCCCAUUGAGCAAUUGGGACCCUUCCUCGGUACGUUCAUUUAUAAACUUUAAUCUACACUUUAGUAGCUUAGCUUGUUGCAAGACCAUAAGUAGCAGUAAGUAUAAGUUGCUAAGAGUCUUGGACUUGGGAGAAUCCCAUGGAAUCCAAUCUGACGACUUCAGCAACUUAGUCAAUUUAAGGUAUUUAAGGCUCUUCCUUAGCUCAAAAUCCUCCAUUCCAGAAUCCUUAUUUGAGCUUUGGAACCUCCAAAUGCUUUUCUUAGAGGGUGACAUAUCAUACAAUAUUUCAUUGAGGUCGCUACUAAAAUUGCAACAUUUGCAACAACUUGUUAUAGGAAAGGGUGGUAAAGGUCAUAAAUUCUCAGGAUAUCGGAAAGCUCUUUUGUCCAAGAAGCAACUCCACAGCCUUGAAGUCUUAUCUACCACUUACCCAAGUAAAGAUUUCGAAAAUGCUGUCAAAGAUGGACUUUGCCCAAAUAUAAAAAAGUUAGCAUUGUGUGGUGUUGAAGGUGGCUGGUCAUUGCAAACCUACUUGGCGCGUUUGAAUUAUUUACAAGUGCUAAAGAUAUCCUUUUCCAACUCCAAGGAUGAUAUAUUCAGUGGAGUCCGCGACUUUGAUCUUCCUAAAAACCUCACAAAGAUAACGUUGAAAUCCUCAACGUGGUCAGAUGCUUCAAUGAAUAUGCUAGGCAAGUUUCCUGAGCUUACUACCCUUAAACUAGUCAAUCUUAAUCAUGCCAAUCUCAUUGCACCAGAAGGUUCAUUUCUUAAACUCAACACCCUUCAUUUGGACACUAUCCGAGGUGGAGAAGUACGGUUUUUUAAAACCAAUACUGUACCAGAGCAUUUAUAUGUUACAAAAUGCUGCUGUGACUUUGACAAGCACAUUUUCUUGCUGCGAGGCCUUGAAGAUAUUAACAUAGUGUCCCCAAACCCGCGUUUGGAACUACUAAUACAGAGACUUCAACAAGAAAAAAGUAUCAGAUGCAGGCUGAAAAUGCACUAGAGAGUUCAUUCAGCAGCUAUCAACACUCAAUCAGCAAGUGGCAUUAGGCCCCGUUCUUUAGAGCUGCUUUGCUUUGCUGAAAUCUGCUCUGCUUUGCUUCAAUUUGCUCUUCUCUGCUCUGCCCUGCUAUGCUUAAAAAUAGCUGUUUCAAUCUGCUCUGCUCUGCCCUGCUCUGCUUUAAUCUGCUCUGCUAUGCUCUGCCCAGAAGCUCAAAAGAACAGGGCCUUACUCGAUCACCUAUUUAAUUACACGCAUUAUUAGUUCUGGAUUCAGUUAAAUAAUGAAAGUUCUUGUAUUGCUCUUGUGCUUCAUUUUAUGUAUUUUAAUUUAUUUCUUUUGUUUUAGUCUCCUAUUUCUUUUAGCAGCUGUACUAUUCUAAAACUAAUAAAAUUUUCUUUGAUGCUUGGUUUUACAGCACUUCUAUGAUCGAUCAAAGUUGCCAUUUUUCUGUU